CUGUUGCUACAUCCGGUCUGUGUUGUUUCCGGUCCGACCCUUUUCUCUCUCCGCUCCAGUGUCUUUUUUGCUUUGUGGCCCACGUGAGAAGAAAAUACAUUUCUAUCCUGUAGAUUUCAGGAAACAUUUGGACCAAAUGGCGUCAUCUUUCGAGCAGAUGAGGGCGAACGUAGGCAAACUCCUGCGAGGGAUCGAUAGGUACAACCCUGAAAACCUCACAACUUUGGAGCGCUACGUGGAGACACAAGCCAGAGAAAACGCUUAUGACCUGGAGGCGAACCUGGCCGUGCUGAAACUAUACCAGUUUAAUCCAGCCUACUUCCAGACUCAUGUGACAUCCCAGAUUCUGCUGAAAGCUCUGACCAACCUGCCGCACACAGACUUCACUCUCUGCAAGUGUAUGAUUGACCAAACACACCAGCAAGAGGAGCGUCCCAUCAGACAGAUCCUCUACCUGGGGAACCUGCUGGAGACCUGCCACUUCCAGAGCUUCUGGACGAGUCUGGAGGAGAACAGGGAGCUCAUUGAUGGGAUCACAGGUUUUGAGGACUCUGUUCGCAAGUUCAUCUGCCACGUCGUGGGGAUCACCUACCAGACCAUCGAGCACCGGUUACUGGGCGAGAUGCUCGGAGACCCACUGGACACGCAGCUGAAGGUGUGGAUGAAUAAAUAUGGCUGGACGGAGAACGAGGACGGACAGAUCUUUGUCUACAACCAGGAGGAGAGCAUCAAGCCUAAGAACAUCGUGGAGAAGAUCGACUUUGAGAGUGUUUCCAGCAUCAUGGCCACCUCUCAGUGACACCAAGACUCACCUCAGUCGUCAUGAACACACUCUUUUGAAUAAAUGUAAAUUAUCA